AAAGUAGCAGCACAGGGAUGGCGCGCACGAAGCAGACGGCGCGGAAGUCGACGGGCGGGAAGGCGCCCCGCAAGCAGCUGGCCACCAAGGCGGCCCGCAAGAGCGCGCCGGCCACGGGCGGCGUGAAGAAGCCGCACCGGUACCGGCCCGGCACGGUGGCGCUGCGCGAGAUCCGGCGCUACCAGAAGUCGACGGAGCUGCUGAUCCGCAAGCUGCCCUUCCAGCGCCUGGUGCGCGAGAUCGCGCAGGACUUCAAGACCGACCUGCGCUUCCAGAGCUCGGCCGUGAUGGCGCUGCAGGAGGCGAGCGAGGCCUACCUGGUGGGGCUCUUCGAGGACACCAACCUGUGCGCCAUCCACGCCAAGCGCGUCACCAUCAUGCCCAAGGACAUCCAGCUGGCCCGACGCAUCCGCGGCGAGCGCCAGCACGGCCUGGAUGUUGGGCAGCACCCCGCCCUGCGCGAUGGUCACCUUGCCCAGCAGCUUGUUGAGCUCCUCGUCGUUGCGGAUGGCCAGCUGCAGGUGCCGGGGGAUGAUGCGCGUCUUCUUGUUGUCGCGGGCCGCGUUGCCCGCCAGCUCCAGGAUCUCGGCCGUCAGGGCUCCAAGAAAGCCGUCACCAAGACACAGAAGAAGGGUGACAAGAAACGUAGAAAGACCAGGAAGGAGAGCUACUCGAUCUACGUGUACAAGGUGCUGAAGCAGGUGCACCCCGACACGGGCAUCUCGUCCAAGGCCAUGGGCAUCAUGAACUCCUUCGUCAACGACAUCUUCGAGCGCAUCGCCGGCGAGGCCUCGCGCCUGGCGCACUACAACAAGCGCUCCACCAUCACGUCGCGGGAGAUCCAGACGGCCGUGCGGCUCCUGCUGCCCGGCGAGCUGGCCAAGCACGCCGUCUCCGAGGGCACCAAGGCCGUCACCAAGUACACGAGCUCCAACGAGUUGAAAUCCUGGCUGCCCGGGGCAGAAUCGGCGGCAGCUCCUCCGGGGAACAUGGCGCGCACGAAGCAGACGGCGCGGAAGUCGACGGGCGGGAAGGCGCCCCGCAAGCAGCUGGCCACCAAGGCGGCCCGCAAGAGCGCGCCGGCCACGGGCGGCGUGAAGAAGCCGCACCGGUACCGGCCCGGCACGGUGGCGCUGCGCGAGAUCCGGCGCUACCAGAAGUCGACGGAGCUGCUGAUCCGCAAGCUGCCCUUCCAGCGCCUGGUGCGCGAGAUCGCGCAGGACUUCAAGACCGACCUGCGCUUCCAGAGCUCGGCCGUGAUGGCGCUGCAGGAGGCGAGCGAGGCCUACCUGGUGGGGCUCUUCGAGGACACCAACCUGUGCGCCAUCCACGCCAAGCGCGUCACCAUCAUGCCCAAGGACAUCCAGCUGGCCCGACGCAUCCGCGGCGAGCGUGCCUGAGCCUCUAGCAAACGGAUCUUUUAAGACUUGUCGAAAACCCAAAGGCUCUUUUAAGAGCCACCACCUGGCCACUAAAGAGAGCUGUAAACUCUUAGCGCUGUGUAGGAAGUGGUGUGCUGCCCUGUGCUUGUGGGGUAGCUUUAACAGUCACCAAGACUCCGUACCUCAAGUAAGUACCAAGCAAGGCGUGCAAGUCACGUUUCAAAGGGAUUGAAAAGCAUCUUGACCGUAGCAAAACACUGGUCUGGUUAAUUCCUGUUCUUUCUCAUACAGAUUUACGCUUAAAUUGAUAAUUCUAUACAUUUUUUGGUUUUGGUUUUUUUUUUUUUUUUUUUUUUUUUUUCCCACAUGGCUUUUUCUUUAGCUUUUAAGGAAACAGCCAACCGUGGGGCCAUAUCGGAAGGCACAAGGUGUCCUCUCCUGCCCUUCAAGGAAAGACGCGCGGUCGAUGGUUUCCUCGGUGUUUUUGCCAUUCGUGGGCUGACUGCCUGUCGUGAGCGACGUCCCACGGGCGUCCUCAGCCCUUUUUUCAGCAGCUCUAGUUUAUUCCUUACAUAAACUUUUUUAUUUCCUGAGAGUGCUGGGGGUAGGGCCGAGGCAAGGGUAAUUUCUGUGAAUCCCGUUUUCAAAAGAUGUGUGCUUUUUGCUGGUGUUUUCUCUGGGACACACUCGUGGUAUCCUUCAUUCUUCUGCGUACCCUGUGUGAAUGAUUAGAGGCGCUUAUUUGGAUCAGUUUUUUCCAUCUUUGUUUAGGCUCCCGAAGCUAUGCUGAAUCAAGCACAGAGGAAGAGUUUUCCAAGGUGUAUUAGCGAUUAAAGACUUGACAUCGAGUCCAGAACUAUUGUUAACUGGAGACUCUUCCCUCUUCCUCUUUUUAUUUUUCCCCUGAACCUACCUAGGAAACGGGGUCUCUCCCUAAGCUCAGCUGUACAACCCCUUACCCUCCUACUCAACAGAACUGUAAUUGCUGCCUGAAAAAUGUAGAUUUCCAAAACCCUUCUGACUUUCCGUCGCCUUUUUUUUUUUUUUUUUUUUUUUUUUUAUACUGCAGGCUGUUUCAUGUAAUUUGGGGAGCUUGCUGUUACGCUGAGAUAUUGGAAAUAAUGUCUUUAUGUUUUUUCACUGCUACAAAUGACUCUCUGUCCCUUUAAGAAGCGGUUGGAUUGAGCUGAACGCAGCCUUCGUUUAAACUCAGAAGCGAGGACCCAGGGAGAAUUGCUUAGAGGAAAUAUUUCGGUUGGAAAGCCUAAAACUGCAAGACUUGUUUUUCUGUUACGUGCUGAUAUGCUUCAUCUUGGGAAAUCUUCCGUUCUCUGUAUCAGGAACUUGGACUCUGCAGCAAAAUCUGACCAAUCAAGUGCCUCCACACACCAUUUUCUUUCCCUUGUUUUUCUCACUUUCAGCCAUUUUCUGUUACUUAACCUCGGAGGGUUAGAAGGGAGGGGGGGGAAGGUAUCGGGAAUAGUACGUUGGGAAUGUAUAGCCUGUGAUUUCUUCCCUACCCGCCCCCACUUGUUAGUUGAUAGAGGAUUUGUGUUUUUCAGAACAGAUUUUUUUUUUUUUCUGUAGAGGAUUACCAGUGUGAUUGCAGAAAUUACUCUUGAUGAAAGCAAACUCAUUUGUUACUCUCUGUAAUAGCAAGAGAUCUAUUUAUUUAUCUAAACCUUUUUACAUAUAUUUGAUAAAAUUCUUAAUACUUACAAUAGCUAUUUGUAAUGCUUCAUAUAUUGGAUAUUAAAUACCUUAUAUAAGCCAACAGUCGGAAUACUUACAUUUCAGCUGAAGUUUGGAUCAAAAAUUAUGCUUUUUCUUCAUGUUCAAGACAUAAAUGGUUUUUGAGGAGUGAGAGAGGGAAAUAGGUUUUAUUUGCCUUUGUCUCUAUUUUUUUUCUCUAUUUUUUUUGACGACCUUGGACUGUUUCAAUAAAUAUGGUAUUAUUUGAA